AGUAUACUAAAAUCAUCAGGUUGAAUAAAGUGUGAAAAAAUGAGUCAAGCUGCAAUUCAAUUUUCCCUUCUUGAUUAUUUCUUCUUUUCCCUGGUUUUCCUCGUUACUAUUGGAAUUGGAUUGUUUUACGCACUUCGAAAGAAAAGUCAUUCAAUUGAUGAAUUCCUUUUUGGCGGAAAGAAUCUCAGCAUAUUUCCUGUUGCAUUCUCCCUGGUAGCCACGUCAAUUUCCGGUUCGUCCAUCAUUGGGCAGAGUAUGGAAGUGUAUGCAUAUGGACUACAUAACUGGAUCUACCUCCCAAUGGGUCUUCUUACAACUCUCAUCAUGCAAUUUAUAUUCCUCCCGAUGUUCUUUGAACUACAACUUGUCUCCACAUUUACGUACUUUGAGAUGCGUUUUGAUCGUAGUGUGAAACACGUGGCAAGUACUCUGUACAUUGUAACUGGCAUUCUACUCAUACCACUCACAAUCUACGUACCGGCGCUGGCAUUUCAAGAAGUUACUGGAAUUAAUCUCUACCUCAUUACCAUGAUUAUGGGCUCAAUUUGUAUCUGGUACACAGCAAUUGGGGGAAUUAGGGCAGUUGUGUGGACUGAUGCCUUUCAGUGCAUUCUCAUCCUCAUUUCUGGGGGAGUGAUCUUCAUUGUUGGACUGAGAAGUGUUGGAGGGAUUGCAAAUGUCUGGGAAGCAUUAGGAAGGGGCGAGCGGCUUACCAUCAUUAAGACGGACUUCAAUUUGGAGACAAGAGGUACAAUUUGGUCAUACAUAUUCAGCAAUAUAUACAUUAAGGUCUAUCUAUUUGGUAUAAAUCAAAGCUUUAUUCAGCGUUAUGUGGCAUUGCCCGAUAUAAGUAAGGCAAAAAAGGCACUGUGGUUGAGUUCUCUCUUCUGCAAUGUCACAUCUAUCAUACAAAUUAUUGUUGGUGGAAUAAUUUACACAUCCUACGAGAAUUGUGAUCCUCUUUCGGCGGGAAUUGUGAAGAAGAUCGAUCAAAUUUUCCCAUAUUUCGUCCAAGAGAGAGCAUCACUUUUCGAAGGAUUCAACGGAAUCUUCAUUGCGGGCAUCACUUCAGCUGGUCUUUCCACAACUUCUACACUUCUUAACACAAUCGGUGGAACAAUCUACAGUGAUUUUGUUAGCACGAGAAUUACGGAUACGUCUGAAAGGACAUUCAGUCGAAUUAUUAGGACAAUCAGCGUGGUUGUGGGUUUAAUUGGAAUUGCUCUUGUAUUCGUAAUUGAAAGAAUGGGAACGAUCUUUGCAAUAACCUCGCAGUGCUUCACUUUGUCAACUGUUGCAGUUUUUGGACUUUUCGCAAAUGGAAUGUUUAUACCAAAGAUUAAUGCACGAGGUGCAAAAUGUGGAGUAGUUUGUGCAAUGAUUGUCGUGGGAAUCCUAACUGUUAUAGGACUCAGUAAAAACCCCGAUCCUGUCCUUCCCUUACGCACGGAUGGAUGCUCCUUUUUAAAUUCAACAUCAACCGUUCCUAGCUUUAGUCCAAUGAGUAACUCAUCUAUUACAAAGUUUGCACCAAGGAAUGACCAAAAUGAUGAUCUUCCAUGGAUUUUCCGGAUAAAUUUUCAAUUCUACUGCCUUAUUGGGAUCGUCAUUAAUCUUAGUGUGGGGUAUAUAGUUAGCAUCCUAAGUGGUGGUAAUGAAGUUAAAAAUCAGAAACUUCUCGUUUCCUUUUUGAGGAACAAAACUCCUCAAGAUUUAAUAAUGAAUUGCCCAGAAAUGCAGAGGUUGAAUAUCUAACAUAAAUGUUUUAUUUAUAUAAUACUAAUACAAUUUCUAAAAAAAUAGAAAGAAUAAAGAAAUACAUUUAAAGUCUUUAAGGAAGUUCGAGCUUUUAGAAAAAUAUGUUCAAGAAUCAAGUCAAGAAUUAUGGAAUUUUUCUCAUUUUCCGUUUUAGAAAAUUUAAACCAAAUGCAAUAAAAACUUUUCCUCAAUCA